CGCAGACCUAUAUAUCUACUGAUAGAUUCUAAGUGCAACAAAAAGAAAUAUUCAUGUGCACUAAAUGUCAUUCAUCAUCAUCGGAUAAUUUAAACGUUUAUCAGAGUUGAAAGCUUUUCCUAAAAUAAAAGCGAGAAGAAGCCAACGAACUCACAUAGUGACUUUAAUUCUGUGACUUUUAUUAGAUUUCGCUUCUUCUGUCUGUGACACAAAGUGAAACUUUUCAUCUAGAAAAUUCAAAUAAACAACAUUAGAAAGAUGCUGAGGCUCAAUUCGAUUAUAAACACAUCGGUUUUGGUAGCAGUUACGCUCUUAAUACCGUCAAUAAUUGCACAAGAUUAUGAUGUUUCAGACAUCCAGUGCUCAUUCUCAUCACAAGGUUCAACACUCGGUGACAUGAUUACAGCGAAACUUAAAAAACCGCUUGGAUUUAAAGGACAUCCACUGUUUGCUGAUGAUCGAAGUGUUAAUCCAGACAAUGACUACUCGUGUACGAUCAAACCUGAUCGAAAUGAUGUUGCUGAAUUAAAUUAUGAACUUAAAAUCACAGACUUUUCACGUUGUGGUGUUCUUAAGCGUAAUGGAUUUGUGCAUGUAAGAAUUUGGUUUCCACAAUUUCCCGGUGUUGUGAUGCAAUCGGAUCAAGAAUUAAUCAUAAUGUGCAAACCACCAGAACCGACAGUCAUUCAAAAUAAAGCAGCUGGAUUUGCAGGCAGUUUUCCACAUGGCGCGAGAGUUUCAGGCGUGGUUGAGGAAACACCUGGCAGACUAGAGUAUGAAGUAGCACUUUACAAAGAAGCUCCACCACUCGGUAGAAUAUCAGGUCAACAGCAACAAGCACAACCGCAUCCACAACUGUUUCCAAAAAAUGGCACAAGUUUAACAGCAAAUAAUGAAGUUCCAGUUGAUCAAGCAGUUCCAAUCGGUACAAAAUUACAGCUUAGAGCAAGAAUCAGCAUUCAAAGUGUGUGGAAAUAUGUAAAACUCAUGGAAGUCACUGUCAGUCCGGAUCCUGAUGAUCCACAUGCUAUUGGAGCAGUUAUUUUAGUCCGCGAUGGAUGUCGAAAUCGUGACUUUGCAUCAAUCAUUCCACACCAACCAGCAAGAUAUCGUGACAGACCCAAUGAAGUUUUCUUAGAUUUUGAGGCAUUUCUUUUAAGUUCUAUGAAGGAACGAUCAACACUUUGGAUACAUUCGCAAAUUAAAGCCUGCAUGGAUGCUCAAGACUGUCAACCAGAUUAUUGCUUAGAUUUAUUCGAUCAGACUGGAAGUAAAAGACAUGGCAAAAAGAGAAGAAGCAUUGACACCAAUACAACAGAUUACACGAGAUUUAAGGAAAAUCUUCAGUAUACAGUUUUAAUGCCUGGCGAAUUUGCGAAUGGCGAUAUCAAGUUUAAUGAAUCGCCUGAGCAGUGCCGCAAUUUUGUGAUGAUUUCUGGUCUUCUUGCUGGUCUGCUGGCAUUAUCGACGAUAAUUACAUGUGGACUUGCAUCGAAGCUACAAACAGCUGGAAGAAAAACACUCGAUGACUUUACAAGAUCGGGAUAUGCAGGAAGAGCGGUGAUGCAGUAAAUUUUUUUCUUUACUGUUUAUCAUGCUAGUUGUAGGAGCCGCUAUUUUACAUAUAAGACUAUUUAUUUAAGUAGUAAUUAAUAUUAGACUUAACUUAUUAUUAUUCAUGUCAUGGUAAUGAGUCUUUAUCAUUCUCUUUAAGUAAUAAUCGGAUUAAACCGUUUAGCUUAUCAAAAAAUAAAAUGGCAUUAGACUCAUUGUUAUGUAGGACAAAUGUUUCCUCUCGAUGCAUUUUUGAUUAAUUAGAAUAUUAGCUGUUUUAUGUAAGAUUUACUCAUACCGAAUUCAAAGUAUUUUGUGUAAUUUUGAUGUUAAGGAAAAGAAC